AGGUAUUUGGUAAGGAAGUAAACAACACAAAAUGAGGUUCUGCCAUCGUAACCAGGGUAAACAACAACAAGGAUCCUGGGGCAAAUACCCCCCAAAAUGGUAUAUAAGGGCUGUCCUGUAGAAGGAGAGCAUCAAACUUCACCCACCUGUCCUGAGUCCUUUCUCUCCUCAUCUCAUUUGAACUCUCUGUUCUGACACUAUGGGUUGCUGUGGCUGUGGAGGUUGUGGCGGCUGUGGCGGCUGCGGUGGCUGCGGUGGCUGCGGUGGCUGCGGCUGUGGCGGCUGCGGUGGCUGCGGUGGCUGCGGUGGCUGCGGCUGUGGCGGCUGUGGAGGCUGCGGUGGCUGCGGCGGCUGUGGCAACUGUUGCUGUACCACCUGUACCUGCCGCCGUGUAGGCUGCUGCUCUGGCUGCUGCCCCUGCUGCUGUGGCUGCUGUGGGGGCUGCUGCAGCCCUACAGUGGUCUGCUGCCGCCGCACCUGCUGCUGUGGUGGCUGUGGUGGCUGUGGCUGUGGCUGUGGUUGUGGCAAGGGCUGUGGCUGUGGCAAGGGCUGCUGCCAACAGAAAUGCUGCUGCCAGCAGUGCUGCUGUAAGAAGCAAUGCUGCUGCUAGGUGGGAGUGAUUGACUCUGAGCUACCUAGUGGGAGCACAUAUAAAGCAUGAAGGUAAGAGUUCUGUUUCAGAAUGUUUUUUUGAUUCACUUAUAAUCAGUGCAUCAUAAAACUUAGCCGAUGGGCUGUGGAAACUGGGCUACCCUGUGUAUAAUAUUAUAUAGCAUGACUGUGUUGAUUUAAAGUACAUCCUAGGAUCACAGUAUUUCAAAAUAAAUCUUUUCUGUUGAAAUUCUCAAUCCAAUAGAAGCUAUUAACAGGAGAUUAAAAAAAAAAGGGGGGGUUUAGCCCAAAGUGUUAAGGAAAAAAUGUCACAAUAAUAAGUGAAAUGAAAUUAUGGUUUUUAAUAUUUUUCUUUUUAUAUUUUCCCAUUCAUUUCUAUGCUAAAUGUUUUUUUUUUUACUUAAUUUUGUUGUUUGCUACGCAUUUUCUAUAUUUUCUAGUGUUCCUCAAUUCUCCUAGGUGAGAAUCUUUUAAUAAAAUAAAAUUUCUUAAAAA